ACCAUGGCACCAAUUCAACAGUGUUCUUAGAGGCAGCCACACCUCAGCAAGGUCUUUCUAACUUGGGACGCUAAGUUCAAAUGAACUGAUAUAGAUACAAACUGCAAAAGAAUCCUGAACUGAGAUAGGAGUGGAUCUUGACAGCACAAUUGCCCUCCAAAGCUACUUGAAACAGGGCAUGAGACCGGACAGAGAAAAGAAGGAAAUGGACCAUCUCCUGUAACACCUGGAAUGUGAUCCAAGCCUGGAGACAAAAUGCUGGUUUGCAGUUAGAAGAUAAUAAAACCAGCAAUGGAACCCUUAUAUGAGGAAUACCUAGCCAAUCGUGGAACAAUAGUAAAACCGUAUUACUGGCAAAGCUUCUCUCUAGACUGCUCUAAUUGUCCUUAUCACAUACGAACAGGUGAAGAAGCAAGAGUUCCCAGUUCAGAAUUCUAUCAGAUUUUUGGAUUCCCUUAUGGGCCAACAUACCCUCAAACAAAACACCUCACAUUUUAUGAGCUAAAGACAUCUUCUGGUAGUCUGGUGCAAAAGGGACACGCUAGCAGUUGCUCUGGGAAUCAGAUCCACCCAGAAUCCAUGCUCUUUGAGAUGAAUGGUUAUCUUGAUUUGGCCGUAUACAAUAACGGUGGCAUCAGACAUAUCGUUCUGUACUCCAACCACUCCCCCUGUAAUGAAGCGCACCACUGCUGCAUCAGCAAAAUGUACAAUUUCCUGAUUACGCACCCAGACAUCACGCUUAGUAUUUACUUUUCUCAGCUCUAUCAUACCGAGAGUGAAUUUCCCACCUCAGCGUGGAACCGUGAAGCUCUCAGGAGCCUGGCCAGCUUCUGGCCACGGGUCACAUUGAGUCCAAUAAGUGGUGGGAUUUGGCAUUCUCUCCUCAACAAUUUUGUUAGUGGUGUAUCAGGAUCAACUGUUUUCCAGCCCAUUCUAACUGGGAGAGCACUGGCCGACCGGCACAAUGCCUACGAAAUCAACGCCAUAACAGGGGUGAAACCGUACUUCACUGAUGUUCUUCCCCAGACUAAACAGCAUCAGAGCACAAAAGCUCAGACAGCUUUAGAGAACGGCCACUUAAACAAUGUCUUUCCUAUACAGUCUUUUCAAGGGACGAGUGGACAACUGCAACCCAGCCUGACUCCAGACUUCAGGGUUCCUAUUGUUUUUGUACUAGUGCCUUUCAGGGACCUACCGCCGCUUCAUGUGAGUCAAAAUCCACACAAACCAAGGAACGUCGUAAGGCACUUAAACAUGCCUCAAAUGUCAUUCCAAGAAACCAGGGACCUUGGUAAGCCUUCCAUUGGAAAGCCAAUGGAGAUGGUGGAAAUCACAGAGCGACUAGCAAAUAGCAAAGAAGCAGAUGAAAAGAAGAAGAAAGGGAAAAAAUAAAAUCUACAUUCCUACAGCAUGAAACCAAUAACAAGAGGACUUAUCAGAUAGGCAAUGAAAAGGUCUGAUUCUUAGGUCUGAUCCAAGAUGGAGACAAACAGACGCACUAAAAGCAAAAACCUGAAUUAUUUACCCUAUCCACUAUUAUAAAGCUACAUUAUUUUUAACAUCCAAAUGUUCCCAGAAGCAACUUGAUCUCUUGCCUUUAUUUGGAAAGUGACAGUAUCAAAUGGAGCCAUUAGUACCUUGCUAAUGUUUUGGUGAAGAAAAGGAAUGUUAUUAUUACGGUCUGCCCACACCAUCUUUCCACUAAAAAGCCCAAGGACUAAAUAGCUUCCUAAAUUGGUUUCAGUAUAGAAAUUGACUGUAAAAUUGGAAAAGAGCCCGAAGUUACUGACAUUAAGAGCUGUUUGCAAGAGCAAACCAGUGAUUUUCCAUUAUUUGUUAAUCGUGGACAGAAGAUUUUAGGCAGCCCAUUUUUUUCUAAAGUGAUUCAAAAUAGUUUUGUGUGGGAAAAAGCUCUUCUGCUUAUUGAUUACAUAUAGCUAUGAAAUUGAUUUUUGAAACGAGCCACCUGCUCUGUUUGAUCUUUCCCAGCUCAGAGCGCUCCCUAUUGAGCAGAUGACAGAGACGGAAUGAUACAGGAAGGCUCCCUCCACCACAGGCCAUCUAAAAUCCAGGUCACUCUUACUGGCUUUCAAAGCUCCUCUUUCACCUUCUUGACUUGUCUUAUCUGCAAAACUGUAGGUUUCUGUAGGUAAAGCCCUGUCUCUCUCCCCUCUUUUGCUUUUCUCCUUAUUAGCUCAGCCAUUUAGCCCAGUAACCAACCACAGUGAGACUACAUCUCAGUACUUUCACCAAUCACUCGUCCCCAACACCCCUUCUCCACUCCAGCCAAGUACUUACUUAACCAUCCUGCAAUAGACAUCUUUCUCCUGGUUAGCAUCUAUCCUCCCCUUCCUCUGCUAUAGCUCCCCAAAGCAAAAUUUGUUUACUCCCCUUUCUUCUGACUUCCUCUUCACCAGUGCAUAUCUGCACCUUCUUUUAAAAUGGUGUUCAAAACACACUCAAAGGAAAUGCCCCUCUACUGAGCACUUAAGUGAAAGUGAAAGCACUUUGCUUAUGGUUACUUAAUUCAUAUUUGCUGCCCCAUUCCCUGUUGGAAAUAGUAAUAUGUAUAUGUAAAGCGAAAUGUGCAUUUAUUUGUAACUUGCAACUAAAUGUUUUCUUAACAUAUAUAAAAAGUAAUGCUAAGCUACUAAGAUAGUGCACCAUUACAAACGCACUCGAUGAAGAUCAGGAGGAAGAGAAGAAAGUGCUUUAGGAACA